AUGAAAAUAUUCAUAUUCUUUUCGAUUUUCAUUGUCGUUUCUUCAACUUCGUAUACACAACAAGAAGCUCAAAACUAUUUCGUUUCAACACGAAAACAUUUCAUGUUGCGAGAUCCAGAUAUUGUUCAUGAUGACGUUGAAUUGCAUUAUGCAAAUGGAACAAUUCGUUAUAAAGGUUUUUUCAUUGAAAUUGUUUCUGCUCUUUUAAUCGAACUAUGUUUUCAGACUAUGAAAUAAACUUAAUAAAAUCAUUCAGUUCAGAGCGAGUUAAGCGAUAUGAAAAUUACUAUAAAGAACUGGUCAAAUACUCGGCAGCUGAAUGGUCUACAUUCUGGGAUACUAACAUUGCGAAAUUCAGACCAGAUGGACUUCUCGAAUUAAAAAUGUAUGAGAACAAUAGAUUGAAGUAUGUUUACAUUGGAAAACAAGAUCCAUACAUUGAAGGAGGAUAUAUGUUAUAUCGCUACAUUGAGUAUUAA